GCGGUGUGUGUGUGUAUGUGUUGGCAACACCGUUACCACGGGGUCUGGAACUAGAUGUUCGUUUGUCUUGGCCACAAUGGCUAAGGGGGCGAAAGGGACACCACUAUGGGGCGUGCAUCGAUCCUAAGCCUUGUCGGCAUUCGUCCUUCGAGUUGCUCACUCGUGGCAGUAGAAUUUUUUUUGUGUGCUUUAACACAUCAGGAGCAGGUUGAUUCCGGGAGGUUCGUGGCCAAGUCGUUGCCAAAACACGCAAACCUUCCCCUUCGGUGUCUACCAGGUUCCUCCGAAGUCUUCCCCGAGCAGCAAAUCGCCAUCGGGUUAGUGGAACUGGGCGACUUGGCUAUACGCUCACUUCGUCACGGCACUCGCAACGGUUCGGUCGCAAAAACGAGUCACGGCGGGUACGGAACGUUGUACGGAUCGGUGAGAAGUUCGGUCGAGAAUCAGUGCUAACCCAUGUAGGGGUCGGUAGGCAGGAACGCUGCAAAAAAUUGUUCUCCUCUCUUCGCUUAAUGUCGCUAUGUGCGGCACGGUUUGAGGAUACUAAAACCACACCAGGUUAUACGGUGGCACGUUGAUGGAAAGAACUUCUUUCGCACGCCCGCAUCUAAUCAUUAACCUGUGGGAGUCUCGUUGUACCGGGUACCUCUAAGUGACUCAUUACUUUGACAACGGGCUUCGUAACCGACAAGACGCAUAUAGCGUGGAGUGCAUAACGGUGGUAACGGCAUAACAUUUCCUGUGACGUAGCAUCCUGUCCGUUGCAGACCAGAAGUGCAUUCGCUGUGACUUGGAGUGAGGUGAUCCCGUGGGGAGGUGUGACGAAAGCAAAAGGUACCAAACAUGGGUCCACUUAAGCAAAUGACACAUUGCGGAAGCAUAAGUGCACUGUUUGCGGUGUUGAUAGUGCUGUUCGGCGUCAGUUCGUCGGCACUGACUACAUUUGGGAAGUCUAACACGAAUCAACAGGCAGCUCCAACACCACCGCCGGUGGUUGCCAAAAGCUGUACAAACCAUGGGGAUUGUAGUACGAUACAAAACACAAGCUGCGUACUGGAUCCGAUCGAUGAUCGUAUGCGGUGCCUGUGUGGUGAUUUCAAGGCACCAGUAAAUGGAUUAUGUUCCGCCAAAUAUAAAGGACUACGCCAUCUGUGUGGUGAUUCAGCUCAAUGCGAUUACGGCAUGAUGUGCGCCAUCGAGAAUGCGACCAAACCGACCACGACGCUGGUGACAAGCAAAACGUUUCUCACCAGCAGCAUGCUGAACAGUAACGGAAACAACACGUACAAAGUGUGCUUGUGUGACGAAGAGGCAGAAUUUUUCGAAAAUAAACACGAGCAUCACUGCAGCGGUACGGUAAUGAUCGUCACAUCCGGAGCAGUGAUCCCGCUGAUGAUGCUGCUUUUGGGAAGAUUUAUCGCCAACCUUCCCAUAGCGCACAGCUGGAACACAGCGCUUUAAAACGGCCCCAUCACGAGCUAUCAGAAGUCGCAAAGCCACAUUGCACAUUGCACCACGCCAAACAGCAAAUGGCGGCAACGUCUAGGCAUAACAGCUUUCGGCAAAGUACUGUAUGGAUACAGAAGGGUGGAUAGAUUAGUCUGCACUUUACGUUAAAUCCGAAUUUCUUGUCCUAGCACCAGAUAAGCCUUACAAGAGUAGUAAUGAACAAUCGUAGCAAGAGGAUAGGGGAUCGAAAAUGGCGUAAGACGGAGAACAUUUAAUCUGUUAAACAUCACGUAUAUUGAAGCAUAUGAUCCAACACACAUUAUAAAUUACGAUAUCUUUUCCGAAAUCUUCACACUACGCCACUGCAGACAUUAAAUGCCUUAUCAUAUGAAAUUACCAUCAGCAAAAGAAAAAUCAAUAUCUCAGUAAACAAUUUGGAUUCAAAUACACACAUUUAGAGCAGGAACAAAACAUGAAACUUAGUACAUUCAAUUGUCAAAAAAAAAAUUCAAUUUGCUUGAUCUGGUUAAUUAUAUAAGGAAUAAAAAAAACUUAACUGUAAAAUAACAUGGCAAUUCAAUCUUACUAGAGAUAGAGGAUUCAGUCUCUUCAUCAAACUAUAGGGUUUUGUUUUCGUAGAUGUAAAUAUAAACCUUACUCUUGAAUCAUUUUAGUAUACUAUUCAUAUUAAGCAAAGGGCUCACAUUGAUGUAUACAGAAACUUAGUAUCUUUUAUAUCGAUAGUAUGAACAUAAAGGCUUAGAAGUGUAAAAGUGCUGACUUACUUUAUUUUUCCCAAAAAACUAACACUAAGUAUAUGCUCGGAAGCUCUAUCUAUUCGUGCUUAAUGUUAAUACUGUGUGAUUUGUAGAAGCGGACGGAAAAAGCAACAAAACGAAAUCAUAGUGUAUACAUAUCGUGUUAUAGAGGAGAAACAUACGAUUCUAUUCUGAAGCAAAUGUAAAUGAGCAAUAAUCGAAAUUAGCCGUGGCUUGCGCACAAGGAAUAAAGAUCGUGUCUACAAUUUAUAAUGCAGUUUACAAGCAUAGAUGUGAACUGGACGAUUGUAAAGUUGAAUGUUAUGUGAAUAAAUUUCUUUGAUCUACGUAUGCUUUUUAGCUCUGCUUGGCGCAUAGAAGUGCAUUUUUAACUCAUUAA